AACAGGAAGUGCCUACGGAGGCCGGGCGGGCGGCAGGGCCGGGGCUGGGCAUGAGGCCGGGCGGCAACUGGAGAGCGGGCGGCGGCGAUGAGCGACAUUGUGGAGAAGACGCUGACGGCGCUGCCGGGACUCUUCUUGCAGAACCAGUCGGUUGGUGGGACCGCGGCCGCCAAGGCGUCAUUCUCCUCCCGGCUGGGCAACCUGGUUCGCGGCAUCACCGCGCUCACCUCUAAGCACGAGGAAGAGAAGUUAAUCCAGCAGGAACUGAAUAACCUGAAAGCAAUGGUUUCUGCUCCUACUACAACUCUGAAAAUGAUGAAGGAAUGUAUGGUGAGACUUAUAUAUUGUGAAAUGCUUGGAUAUGAUGCUUCCUUUGGCUAUAUACAUGCAAUCAAGUUGGCACAGCAAGGAAAUCUUUUAGAAAAAAGAGUAGGUUAUUUGGCUGUUUCUUUAUUUCUACACGAAAAUCAUGAACUGUUGCUUCUCCUUGUGAAUACAGUUGUAAAGGACUUGCAGAGCACUAACCUGGUGGAAGUAUGUAUGGCACUUACUAUCGUCAGCCAGAUUUUCCCUCGAGAAAUGAUUCCAGCUGUUCUUCCACUAAUAGAAGAUAAACUUCAACAUUCUAAGGAGAUUAUACGAAGAAAAGCUGUUCUGGCAUUAUAUAAAUUCCACCUCAUUGCUCCUAAUCAAGUACAGCAUAUCCAUAUUAAGUUUCGGAAAGCGCUUUGUGACAGAGAUGUUGGAGUCAUGGCUGCUUCCUUGCACAUAUACUUAAGGAUGAUUAAGGAGAAUUCAUCUGCAUUUAAAGACUUGACUGGGAGUUUUGUAACCAUUUUGAAGCAAGUAGUUGGAGGAAAGCUCCCAGUAGAUUUCAAUUACCACAGUGUACCAGCACCAUGGUUACAAAUUCAGCUAUUGAGAAUACUUGGACUUCUAGGAAAAGAUGAUCAAAGGACAAGUGAAUUAAUGUAUGAUGUUCUUGAUGAAUCCUUACGAAGAGCUGAGUUAAACCACAAUGUCACAUAUGCUAUUCUAUUUGAAUGUGUACAUACAGUCUAUUCUAUUUAUCCUAAAUCGGAAUUACUUGAGAAGGCUGCCAAGUGCAUUGGAAAAUUCGUUCUGUCACCUAAAAUAAAUCUCAAGUAUCUAGGACUGAAGGCUCUUACCUAUGUUAUCCAACAGGAUCCCACUCUGGCUCUUCAACACCAGAUGACAAUAAUUGAAUGCUUAGACCAUCCUGAUCCCAUUAUUAAAAGAGAGACACUGGAACUUCUUUACAGAAUUACUAAUGCACAGAAUAUAACAGUGAUUGUCCAGAAAAUGCUUGAAUAUUUACAACAGAGCAAAGAAGAAUAUAUUAUUGUCAAUUUGGUUGGCAAAAUAGCUGAACUGGCUGAGAAAUAUGCUCCUGAUAAUGCAUGGUUUAUUCAGACAAUGAAUGCUGUGUUUUCAGUGGGAGGAGAUGUGAUGCAUCCUGAUAUUCCCAAUAACUUUCUAAGGCUGCUAGCAGAAGGUUUUGAUGAUGAAACAGAAAAUCAACAAUUAAGACUUUAUGCAGUUCAGUCUUAUCUCUCUUUACUUGAUAUGGAAAAUGUGUUCUAUCCACAGAGAUUUCUUCAAGUUAUGAGUUGGGUUUUAGGGGAGUAUUCCUACCUCUUAGAUAAGGAAACACCAGAGGAAGUUAUAACCAAGCUCUACAAGUUACUUAUGAGUGACUCCAUUUCUUCAGAAACAAAAGCCUGGAUAAUUGCUGCUGUGACCAAGUUGACACCCCAAGCACACUCUUCUAAUAUAGUUGAGAGAUUAAUCCAGGAACUUACCACGUCUUUGGAUACUUGUUUGAGACAGCAUGCAUUUGAAUUAAAACAUUUGCAUGGGAAUGUGAAAUUUAUGAAAAGCUUGCUUCCAGUUAAUAAGAGUUGUGAGGACAUGGUGGUAGAUGCCUCGUUAUCUUUUCUGGAUGGUUUUGUGGCUGAACAACUAGGUCAGGGGGCAGCACCUUAUAAACCUCACCAUCAACGGCAGGAGGAAAAACUUUCUCAGGAAAAAGUUCUCAAUUUUGAACCAUAUGGACUCUCCUUUUCUUCAUCUGGUUUCACUGGACGACAGUCUCCUGCUGGCAUUUCUCUUGGUUCAGAUAUAUCUGGAAAUAGUACAGAGACAGGGCUAAAAGAGGCAAAUAGCUUGAAGCUGGAAGGUAUAAAGAAAUUGUGGGGGAAAGAGGGCUAUCUUCCCAAGAAGGAAAGCAAAACUGGUGAUGAAACAGAAGCUCUUCCAGUUCCUCAAGACAGUAUAAUAGUGGAGAAUGUAGAUCAACCUAUAACAAAAAAGGAUCAAUCUCAAGUCAUUACCCAGUCUAAAGAGGAAAAAGAAAAGCAAUUGCUGGCAUCAUCAUUAUUUGUCGGGCUAGGAUCAGAAAGUACAAUCAAUUUGCUAGGGAAAGCAGAUGCUAUUUCUCACAAGUUCAGAAGGAAAUCAAAAGUUAAGGAAACCAAAAGUGGGGAAACAACGAGUGCUCAACAUACGACCCAUUCUUCCUUUAGUUCUUCAUCAAAUAUGAAUUAUGAAGACGAUUAUUAUUUGGAUAACUUGCAGGACCGAGGAGACAAAGAAUUAAAUAAAUUUUCUCUCAAUUCAAAACUUUUGGAUUCUGAGCCACUCACAGAACUUCCCUUGGUUGAGAAACUCUCAAAUUGCAGGCUGUCUACACCCUCUUUGUUUGCUGAUAACAACAUGGAAGUUUUUCACCCUCCUCAAUCUACUGCAGCCUCAGUUGCCAAUGAAAUCUCUUUAGCUUCCUCUUUGUUAGAAGAAACUACUGAACACAUGCAUUCAGAUCUUAUGGAAGUCUGUAAUGAUGAAACCGUAUCAGUGUCUUUUUACAAAAUUUGGCAAGAUGAUUGUUUGUUGCUGGUCUGGUCCGUUUUUAAUAAGAGUGGUUUGGAACUAAAAAGUGCUAACUUGGAAAUUGCUCCUGCAGAAAAUUUCAAGAUCACCGAGCAACCUGGAUGCUGCUUGCCUGUAAUAGAAGCAGAAAGCACCAAAAAUUUUCAGUACAGUAUGCAGAUGGAAAAACCUUUUAUAGAAGGGACUCUUUCUGGUUUUAUAAAUUAUCAAGUGAUGGAUACUCAUUCUGUUCAGCUUGAAUUUUCAGUAACCUUAUCACUAUUAGAUUUCAUUAGACCAUUAAAAAUUUCUACUGAAGACUUUGGUAAACUUUGGUUAUCCUUCGCAAAUGAUGUGAAACAAAAUGUAAAGAUGUCAGAAUCUCAAGCUGCUCUGCCUUCUACUCUGAAGACCCUGCAGCAGGAACUAAGACUUCAUGUUGUUGACAUUAUAGGCAGUGAAGGGCUUUUGGCCUGUCAGCUGCUCCCAUCCAGCCCCUGCUUGCUGCAUUUCCGAGUUCAUGGUGACAUAUUAGCCCUGUGGUUCAGAUCCUCCUGCUCUACUCUUCCUGACUAUUUACUCUAUCAGUGUCAAAAGGUGAUGGAGGGAUCCUAGCAGAAGUUCUGCUUAUAUUUUACCCCAUCAAAAUAAAUGGUUUACAUAGAUAAACGUAUUUACCAAAGUAAAAAGGACUCAUGGUACUUCUAAUGAAAGUGGGGAUUAUUCAUGUUGUGGUUUUAUGUUUUCUUUAUGAAUUCCUGAUCAAGAAAGAUCCCCAAGAAACUGUAUCCCAACCUUUUACUCAGGAUUGUACAGUAUGUUUAGGUUCCAAAAAAGUGACCUAAGCUAAUGUUAUAAACUGCUAAUGAUUUGUAUAUCACUUAGGGUAGGAGGACUGAAAAUAUUUAUUUUGUUAUAAAUAAUUUUAUAGCAAAUUUACUCCAGUGCUAGCUGAUUUGUGGUAAAGCCAAGUCUCCGUUCUCUGCAUUAAUGGAGAGGAGGCAUGAACUUGAUAAUCCCAAACCUAAUUCAUAUUUGGCUUUGGAGUGCAGUGUAUGCUUUUUGGUAGGCAAGUCAUUGCUUUCAGUUAUGUUUUGCUUAGAUCAGUAUUGAACUAAAUUGGCACAGCACACACUAGUAAUUGAGGGAGAUCCAUGAGCAUGUUGGAUAUUGGAGGGGGAUCCAGUCUGUGAUACAGUUUUUAUUAUAGAUAACUAGUUAUACGUAAUUGCAGACAGUUUGACUACAAAAUUUGUUUUCAACUUGCAUUUAUUUUUAAAAUUCAAAGUGAAUCACUGUAUUCUAGUUUUAAAAAUUCAGAGCCAUUUAUAAAAUAUCAGAUAGAAAAAACCUAUAAGAGCACACAGUACUAAAGUAAACAGGUUAUAAAAGGACUUUAUAGUUAUGGCAAAUAUCUUAGUUACCACUUGGGUUUUUUUUUUGGCAAAUUAAAAUUUGUGAUUAGAGUGUAAACAGCAAAACACCUUUCCUGGGCUUUGAAUCUACUAGUACUCAGUGAUACAACCAGAAGAGUGACUAAGUAUAUCAUACAGGUUCUUCAGUAAAAUAUAUCAUUUUCAGGUUAUAGUUGUGCCUAUAUGGCCUCUGGCAGAACUAUUAAUCAGUUGAAGAGGUUAAGCGUGAUAUGAAUGAUAGACCAGAACUUUGAGAUUGUACAUUAAUGUUAAAAGCUGAAAUAACAUUUUAUAAAACCUUAUGGUGCUACAGAAAAUAUUUAUUAUUUCACUUUUUCUGGUACUUCACCAUGGAAACUAUUCAGGUAAUGUAGUUUUAAGUCGUUGCAGUUAAUAUCUGGUUAAUUGGUAUUGUUUAUCACCCAGGUGUGGAAUUGUGGUUUUAGGUUUUCUCAUUAAUCAUAGCUAUAAAGAUGCUAAGGGAAUUCCCCAAAGCUGAGAGAUUUCAUUAGUCAUUUGUGCUUAGCAUGUAUCUCCCUAAAAGUGAAAGCAACAGUUUAAAAAAUUAAUUUUCAACUUAUUAAAAAAACACUUUUUAAUUUCAUGCUUUUAAAAAAUGUAACAGUAAAACCUUCCUAUAAGAGCAGUGAAAAGUGGCUAGAAUUUCCUCCAUAGGUUUCUCCCAUUGAGUAGAAUACUUCAGAUUCAUCUUCAAGCUCCCAGACUGUCAUGAAGGGAAUGUGAAUGUUGGGGUUUGGUGUACUCUGGUGGCUAGACUCAUCAGCUUUUUCUUUAUUUCUACCUCUGUCAGCAGCAACCACCCUACCCACCAGGUUCUGCUGUUACUCUAAGAGAUAGGAAGUGUCCUGUCACUUUGCAGAGGAAUGUAGAGUGUGGCAAAAGAGGUGCUUCAAUUUUUUGUGUCUCUCCUUCCAUGUGAUUUCAUGAUCACCAAGGCUGGGUUGAGUGUAGAGCAGUGGACAUAAGGAGCCCAGAAAGCAGAUGAACAAGUAGCUGGGAGAGAUUACAUUGAGCUGCUGGGCUGCUUUGUUACAAGGGUGUUCAUUGGUGGCAACAGCAGUUUUCAUGAGAGCCAUGCUUGGUCUGAAACGCUGUCUCACCAUGGGAAAUGUGUAAUGGUAGGUUAGGGCUGGGAGCAUGAUUUUGGGUGUGCUGGGAACAUGGUGUCACUUUUGUUCUUUUUGAGCUGACUACAUAAAAAAAUGGGAUAACAGGGUUUCUACUGAAAUUUUUAGUGAAAUAUUUACAUUUUUAUAUUUUGUGGUUUUAAAAACAGUUAUAGGAAGGAGUAAAUUUUAAAGAAUUUCAGAGCAGAGUAUAUUCUGCCUAAACUAAUUCAAUAUUUUAAGUUCUAGAUCAGGCAUCACCAAUCUUUUUGGCAUUGUAAGAGAUAUACCUGAAGUAGGAAGAACAAUUUUUCUUAAUAAAUCGUCUCUUUACCUUAUAGUCAUAAUUUAAUCAAAUAAAGGGGCAGCAUCUGGGAUAACAGCUGUUGGGGAGAGGGGUGGAGGAGAGAAAGACCCAGUUGUGUGAGUUAAGUGCCAGACAUCUUUGCUGGGAAUCCAGGUGACAGGAAGUGUGAAUCUGAGGAGAAUGAAGGGAAGACAGGAGAGCCUUAAGAGCAGGUGGAGGAAGAAGGAUCAAGCUCCCACCAGAAUAGUCCCUGUGGAGUCAAGGCAGAUUAGUCUCAGGGUAACGUGGGCUCUGAGUAAGUGUCCUCCUGAAAAAACUGCAGAUAGAAGUUGAGAUACAAAGUGCUGAUGUGCCAAGCAUGCCAAGCACAGCAUAUGCUCUGCAAAGUAGGAUUGUUUAAAAAAAAUAUUCUAUCAUUUACUGAAACAAUUGUGAAAAUGCAGUAUUUUUUUCCUUUAUUAUAGUUUAUAUCACUAAUAUUUUAAAAUAUUGAGCUUUUUUUCCCCUGUGGGUAAAUGUGGUCUUUGUCUCAUGAUCGUGUUCUUUGUCUCAUGAUUUUGAGCGACCAGAAGUGCACUGAACCUAUUCACGUGUCUUUUAAGGUGUUUUUCUGUGUUAAAAUUUUAGGAGCGAAAAAUGCAAGUGAAUAACAACUUACCAAGCAUUAAUUAUCUUAUUCUGUAAUUUGAAAAAAUUCAGUUAAACAUGUAAUAAAUGCAAAGUGAUCUAUA